CCAUGUUCAACCAGUGGGUGUCGCUAAUGAUCUCCUCGUCUGUGGGUGAUUCGGAGGAAAAGGAACCGAAGAAGUGAACUUUGUUUGGACGAAGAUGUUGGUUAGAAAAUGACAGCUGUGCUGUCUGGUGUUGCCAGGCGGUGACUGAGUGACGGAUGCCGCCAUCAUGAUGCUGAGCAGCAGUGCCCUGCUUGUAGCCUUUCUGUUGUCCCAGGCCCAAGGCUUCCUGAGUUCCUCUGAGGACGACGACCUCCCCGAAAACUGGGUGCUGCUUCACGUAGUCCAGGGCCACAUCGGCGCCGGCAACUACAGCUACCUGCGCCUCAACCACGAUGGCCGAAUCAUCCUGCAUAUGCAGAGCCUCAAGGGCGACGCGGACCUCUACGUUUCGGACAAAACCCUGCGCCCGAGCUUUGACACCUACAAGCUGCAGUCGGUCACCUGCGGACACGACAUGGUGGUGGUGCCAGGGGAUUUCUCCAGGCCCGUGGGCAUCGGCAUCUACGGCCACCCGUCCCACAAGGAGAGCGAGUUUGAAAUGCGAGUGUUUUACGAUCAGACGGUUCCCCCUGACCUGUUCGAUAAGGGCUCUUACACUUCAGAAAACGGACAAAAGAAACAGAAAUCAGAAGAGGCAGAAGAGGAGGACGACUUCCAGGAAGAGGAGUCAAUCUUUUGGACAAUUCUAAUCGGACUUUUGAAGAUUAUACUUGAGAUUUUGUUUUGAGAAUAGUUUUCUUCAGUGCUGCUCAGACUCAGAUUUUUGUUUUGGCUUCAGUCAACCUUUAAUGAGAUUAUUUUCUUAAAAUGAGAAAAUGUCACACCAAACUCCAGUGAGACUUCUGGCGUUUUAAUUACUUUACUUGAAACCAAACGUACUUACUUGAUUUAAAAACGGUGAAAUCAGUUUACAGUCUGUAUGUUUGGUGAUAAGCAGAGUAACAUGGGCCUGUCAGAUUCAGCACAUCUUGUCUUAACUCGGCAUAUCAACACCUCAAAGGAUGAGAACCAUUUUGAAAUUUAAAAAAAGGUAUACAUACAUUAUUUGUCUUUGGGAUAAAGGGAGUUAGAUGUUAUUAUUGGACAUAAAGAAAGGCCUGAAAGUGAUUGAAAAUGCUGUAAUGAUUCUCAAUUUACUGUUAACAUUAUUUUUUCCUUUAAUUUAGACUCUAAAUAGGAGCCUCUUAAGGUAUUUCUGUUAACAUCAGUAGCAGCAUUUCAUUUUGUUUUAAUCACUCGAUUUGUUUUUUGAUUAUUGUUUCCCCGCCUGUUGGACAAGCUCCUGGUUUUUAAAACAUCUCCUCCUGCGUUUUUGGAGUUCAGUAACGAGUAACCGUGCUACCACUGAGCAGAAAUGUUCAACAGUGCCUUCACAAGAGCCGUCUUCUGCAGGAGGAACAGCCGCUCUCCUGUUUCCAGAGAUGCGUCAAUCAGGUUUCUAAAUAAAGCAGUUUUACUUCUGACUGUUCAAACAUG